AUGCAACAAAGUAUUGGUGCGGCUGACAAGAUGGGCAUACCUUGCUGGGCCAUACUAUGGAAAAUACUCUUCACAGUGGGGCUGGUCCUAUUCUACUACUGUUUUUCCAUCGGGAUCACCUUCUACAACAAGUGGCUGCUCAAGAGAUUUCACCUGCCUCUAUUUAUGACUCUUGUGCAUCUGCUCAUGAUUUUCAUUAUGUCAGCGGUAAGUCGCGCACUGAUGACAUGCUAUAGUGGGCCGUGCACGCGUUAUCCUGCCGUGGUCAGACUACCUCAAAAAAGUGGCCCCUACAGCUUUGGCCACUGCUCUGGACAUUGGACUUUCUAAUUGGAGCUUCCUGUACAUCACUGUGUCACUGUACACCAUGACAAAGUCCUCUGCAGUCCUCUUCAUCCUCUUCUUCUCCCUCCUCUUCAAGUUAGAGGAACUGAGACCGGCCCUUGUUCUGGUGGUAUUACUAAUUUCCGGAGGCCUUUUUAUGUUCACGUUCAAGUCAACUCAAUUUGACACCAGGGGUUUCAUUCUGGUACUUGCUGCUUCCUGUCUUGGAGGGAUCAGAUGGACUCUGACCCAGAUCCUCAUGCAGAAGGCAGAGCUGGGUUUACAGAAUCCCAUGGACACUAUGUUUCACUUACAACCUCUUAUGUUCCUCAGCCUGUUCCCUUUGUUUGUUGCCAUUGAAGGUCUUCAUAUGUCCACGUCACAGCAGUUGUUCCGCUAUCACGACAUUCGGGAACCACUUGCACUUCUGGGA